ACAAUCACAUCCGUCCUCUCUGGGAAGCGGCGUCUCUAUGGUUUCCUCCCUUUCCGGCGGGGCUGCGUCGCGCAAGCGCAAAUAGCCGCCUCCUCCACUUCCGCCCUUCCUUUUUCCGGCGGGACCUGGACGGAGCAGCAGCGGCGGCAGGUGAGCUCCGCCGGGGCGGCGAGGGAGAAUCCGCGGCCAUCCUCCGUAGCGGGGCGGCGGGGCGGGCGGGAGAGGCGAAGGGGAGCCCGGGGGACGCGAGGGGGCCCCGGCCGAGGCGGGGCGGGGGGAGGCGGCUCCCCAUGGGGCGCCAUUUCCAGGCUGGGCCCCGUGGAGACCCGACUAGGCCCUGGUGCGGGGGGGGGGCAGCUGGAGGCAGAGCGGGGCCCCGGAGCAUGCUGGGAGUUGGCGCCCCCCCCCGAAAGAAAUGGGGGGCGGAUCACGCCGGAAGGACCCGAAAAAUCAGAAAUCUGCAGGGCCAAAACGAAAGAAAUGGGGGCAGAUUCAAAGCUUGCCUGAAAGAAACCAUCGUGAAAAGCUCCUUUUUAAAAAAUAGAUGCUUUAUUGGUUCAGAGCUUUAUAACAGAAAAGUGCAAUAGGCAAAGUGAGAAAUAAAAAAAGAAGCCAUUAUUCCUACUUUUAGAAGACAUCUGAAGCCAGCCCUGGUUAGGCAAGCUUUUAAUGUUUGAUGUGUUACAGUAUUUUAAUAUUUUUCUGGAAACUGCCCACAGUGGGUGGGGUUUAAUUGAAUUAUUAUUAUUAUUAUUGUUUUGUGUAUACAUUUGUGAUUAAGUUUUUUUACAAGGCUUCCAAUCUUCCCCUUUUGUUCCCGAAUCAAAUUCCUUAAAUAUCCGCUUAGACUUUAGUUUUUCCAUGUGAUUUGACUUACUGUCAGUUUUAUUUUAUAAAAAUAGCCUAAUUGCACAUCGAAGCCCAACCAAUGGAUUGAUCUUUUGGCAAUGUUCUUUUACCGAGACUCUGUGUAUAUCCCAUCCCAUUGCGAACUGUUCCAGUCGUUAGUGGGAUUGCAAUUUCACUUAGUAUUUGAUCCCCUGCUCAAUUUGCCCCCUGGCGAAGAAUUGACCAGUCCAUAAUUUUAAUGGUAGGCUUGUUGUAGCUGUGAGAGACAGAAUAACAACAGGAAAAACCCCAGAAGACAAAAGUCAGAGAUGGAUGUGCAUUCUAAUGAGUGAAAUAAGUAUUUGAUCUGGUCUCUUCGCUGUGUGUAACGAGCUAAGAUUAGAAGCACCUGCAGCAAGGGAGAGAGGUCUUGCCUGUAAUCUCAGAUUUUUGUAAUAAUGGUGAUUAUGCCUUACUCAGUUGAAUUUUCUGGGUAGCCUGGCUAUUCCUUGGAGAUGGUAAAUACCUAGUUCCUGAAUCUCUUGCGCAUCUUGGUAGUUUGCUCAGCUGAACAGAUACUUGCCAGACUGUAUUUUGAAAGGGAGGUGUGAGCCCCUGCAGUCCAAAUGGAAAGACAAUUAUUAUUAUUCCCAUUUCCUUCCUCCUUGCAGAGAAAGAUUUGAGGUCAACUUGGGAGUGUUGCUCUCCUGUACACGUGGUUUCUAUACUUAAGUGUUUGCCUGGUACAUUUAUGAACGUUUUAUUCUACAUUUGAGACCUUACCAUUCUUGUAAUGGGGGGGGGGAGGAUGCAAACAAACAUUUUAUUAUUUUUAUUAUAGUUAUUAUUGUAAUUGUUGUUAUCUUUAUUCCUGCUCGGGUGUAUGCGAUCCCUUUGCAAAAGAUGACUUAGUACUUGGUGGCAAAACCCUUGUUGGCAAUUUUGGACGUUUCUUGUAGGCGGCCACCAGGUUUGCACACAUCUCAGGGGGUAUUUCGUCCCCCUCCUCUUUGCAGAUCUUCUCCAAGUCAGUAAGAUUUUGAGGCUGAUGUGUAGCUACUCAAACCUCCCUCCACAGAUAUUUGAAGGGAUUAAGGUCCGGAGACUGGCUAGGCCACUCCAGGAUCUUGAUGUGCUUCUUGAGCCACUCCUUUGUUGCCUUGGCCGUGUGUUUUGGGUCAUUUUCAACCCAUUUUCGGUGCCCUGGUUUGAUUGCUUGCUUCUGUCGACAGGUGUCUUUUGGUCCUGUAACGAGCUGGGAUGAUGGGCAAGACCUCUCCCUUACAGCAGGUGCUUCUAAUCUCAGCUCGUUACAUACAGUGAAGAUACCAGGUAGCCUGACACCUGGCUGGUUGAGAGAGGAUCAAAUACUUAUUUCACGCAUUAUAAUGCACAUCAAUCUGGGACUUUUGUCUUCUGGGUUUCUGGGGGGUUUUCCUGUUAUUAUUCUGUCUCUCACAGCUACAGCAAACCUACCAUUAAAAUCAUGGACUGGGCGUUUCUUCACCAGACAGCAAAAGGGCAAAUUUAGCAGGGGAUCAAAUACUUUCCCCCCUCACUGUAAGUGAGAUAUAAAAAUUUGGAUUGUUGUAAAAGAUGCAGAAGGAAAGGGUUAACAAUAAGACCCCCCUCCCCAAAGGGGAGAAGUCUAGGAGAUUCUUGGGAAUCUUGUUUAUAUAGAGUAUGUUGUGCUGUGAUUGUAAAUUUUAAUGUGGAAAAUCAAAUUUUGGGGAUGGGGGGAUAAAGAGGAAGAAAUGACUAAGCCCCAUGGAACUCCUUGCCACAAGGUAUGGGGGUGUCACAGGCAUAGAUGGCUUUAAAAGGGGAUGAGAGGGGAAAGGCACAGAUAAAAUCUAGCCCAAAGGGUCACCCAGUUGCCCCAAAGCCAUGCUUCUCAAACGGGGGUCCCCAGCGGCUGUUGGACUACAAAUCCCAUCAUCCCUGGACUCUGACAUAUUCAGUGGCCAGGUCUUGUGCUGCUAGGAUUGACACAUGUGCCACCGAAGGUUUGAUUGACAUGUUCGGUGUGCUUUCAUGCUUUGCUGUGGCCAUAAUAAAGGAUUUGAAGUUGGUCGGUUGGUCGCUGACCACUGGUCCUGCUGGCUAGGGAUGAGAUGGGAGUUGUAGUCAGACAAGAAUCCUUGCUUGAGAAACGCUCCCUCGCCGUGGCUUCUGCUAUUAUUCAGCUGCACAGCUAGGAGCCAUCAUUGCUCACCGCCUCUUCCUCUCUGAAUGUGUCUAAUGUGUUUUUAUUAUGUAUUUUGCGGUUUUAGAUCUUGAUUUUAUUCUGCCCCGGGUAUAGGGCAAUAUAUAAAUCCAAUAAAUAAUUACAAUAAUCCUCUUCGGAAGCCCCCUAAGGCUACAGCCGUCACUGCCUCCUGUGGCAGGCAGUUCCACAGGUUACCUGUCCAUAACUGUGGCUCUCCUCAUUUGGAGAAUGCAAUCAGAAACACCUUCAUAUCCUUGUUCAGCCCCAAAGGGUGGCCUUGGCUUCGCCUACCUCACAGGGUUGUUGUACAGUGAGUGUAGAUGUGGUAAUAACAACCUUUCUUUCUCUCUCUAGCCAUGGCGAUCCGCUACCCGAUGGCCGUGGGCCUGAACAAGGGCCACAAGGUGACCAAGAACGUGGUGAAGCCACGCCAGUGCCGACGCCGUGGGGUGAGUUUGGGGUCAGGGGAAAAGGGGGUGGGUUGCUGGGCUCUCUCAAACUCGUCUGCGACCCUGUAAAGCAGGCACCCCCAAACCCGGCCCUCUAGAUGUUUUGGGACUACAGUUCCCAUCAUCCCUGACCACUGGUCCUGUUAGCUAGGGCCGAUGGGAGUUGUCCCAAAACAUUGGGAGGGCUGAGUUUGGGGGUGCCUGCUGUAGAGGAUCUGCAACCGCCAGGUGAGUGUUUCCUCAAACUUGGGGUCCCCAGCUGUUACAGACUACAAUCCCCAUCAUCCCCUGCCCACCGGUCCUGCUAGAUGGGAACGGUGGGAGUUGUAGUCUGGCAACAGCUGGUGACCCCCAAGUUUGAGAAACAACGCCGCUUAAGCUGACAGAAUAGUUGCAGCUUGCAGACUAAGAGAACAAUAAGAACUUAACGUUUAGAGGAGAUUGGAAGACGUUUAUUGAAUAUAUGGGGGAAACUGUAUAUUUGAAAACGCUGGCAGCAUUAAGAUAAAUUAAGCAGUGUAGGUAAGCUUGGGUGGAUGCAAUAAUGGAAUACUGAAUGGUUUAGUUUAUGUAAAAUAGGCAAGGAUUUAUGAUGCAAAACGAACCAUGGAAGGAGCAGGAGGGAAGUCAUUGAUCUUUGAAGGAUGUUAAAAUGAGUGUUUCAAAUUGCUGAACAGAAAAUUUAAUAAAAUAUGUGUGUGCCUCCAGAGACCUAAAACAAACCGGUGUUCUAGUCUUCAUGACUCUGAACAAAGGUCCAGUUGAAUAGGAGCCUUAACCCAAGUCGCCCACCCGGCCCUCUGUCCACAGUGGCUGCAGCGCUUCCCCUUGCUCUCAGGGUAAAGGCUUAAAAAUAUGUGUACACCGAAAACGUUGGCAGCAUUAAGAUAAAUUCAGCAGUGUAAAUAAGCUAUGAUGGGUGCAAUAAUGGAAUACUGAAUGGUUUAGUUUUUGUGAAAUAUCCAGGGGUUUAUGAUACGUAAAAUGAACCAUGGAAGGAGAGGAUCAUCGAUAUCUUAAGCAUGUAAAAAGGAGUAUUUUGAAUUGUAAAACGUAAGAGUUAAAACAAAUGGUGUAUACAAUGGAACCUUGGUUGUCGAAUGUCUCCAUUGUCGUAUGUUUCGGAUGCCGAAUGUGGCUUCCACUUUGAGUUUCCCUAUUGUGUUGAGGCUCCCGCUUUCAGAACGGUCUUCUGGAAUGGAUUACGUUCGAAAACCGAGGUUCCACCAUGUGUGUGUGCAUAUAUGUAUGUACCCUAUUUUUGCUCCAUAAGACGCACACACAUUUCCCCUUCCUUUUUAGGAGGGAAAAUGUGCGUCUUAUGGAGCAAAAAAUACGGUUCUUGCUGGCUUUCCCCGAGGAGGGAGAAGGGCGGCCCGUCAAUCCCUUCUUCCUCCUUGGAGAGAAGCCCCCAAGAGCCACUGCCAGGCUCUGCUCAGCGCUCCCUUGUAAGGGCUCCCUUUCAUCCUGCUGGGAAGGCAGCGGAACAAGAGGCUCUGUGCAGCUAUCGCAGGGUUUCAAGCAAGAGCCGCUUACAUGCUCUGUGCAGAAUAUUUUUUUUCUUGCUUUCCCCCUCUAAAAACUAGGUACGUCUCAUGGAGUGAAAAAUACGGGGUGUAUGUAUAUGCCGUAUUUUUUGCUCUAUAAAACACACUUUUUCCCUAGUAAAAAGUAAGGGGAACUGUGUGUGCGUCCUAUGGAGUGAAUGCAGGCUGCGCGGGUAUCCCAGAAGCCAGAACAGCGAGAGGGAUUGCUGUGCAGUGCUCCCUCUUGCUGCUCUAGCUUCUGGCUUAGCUGCGCGGAGCCUUCAUCCUGCUGCCCUGAGGUCAAGGCUUCGUGGGGCUAUCCCUGGCUUUUGCGGAGGUUUAAGUGUAUAUGUGUGUAUAUAGCAGGAGGAGGCUUGUUACAGUGGAAUUGACAAAUCUAUUGCUCGAGGUCUGACUUGAACCCGAGAUGAAGAGUCUUGUGCUCUGCCAGCUUGAGUUAAACUCAACAGGGCAAAAAAACAACACCAGAAACGAGUAUUUUUUCCCACUGUCUUGCUUUAAUUCUUCUAUUUCUUCUCCUCCAGCGGCUGACCAAACACACCAAGUUUGUCCGCGACAUGAUCCGGGAAGUGUGCGGCUUCGCCCCCUACGAGAGGCGCGCGAUGGAGCUUCUCAAGGUCUCCAAAGACAAGCGAGCUCUGAAGUUCAUCAAGAAAAGGGUGAGUGCUCUGAAACUGGGCAGGGGUGGGGGAGCCUGAAGGGUUAUACUCGAGUAGAAGCUGACCCACCUCAUUUUAGAACAAAAAAGUGGGAAAACUUGACUCGAGUAGAAGCCAGUUCACUCCACCACAAACCUGGUGGUGGCGGAAGGACAAGCAGCCCGAAAGGAGCAGUUCCUCUCCUCUGCUUGCACAGCGGAGGAGGAGGAAUGAGCAGCCGAAAGGUGGUGGGGGGACCAGCGGUGAGAAAGGGCUCCUUUCGGGCUGCUCGUCCUGCCACUGCCGCCUCACUCGAGUAUAAGCAGAGGGGUGGCUUUUUCAGCAUAAAAAAUGUGCUGACAAAGUCGACUUAUACUCGAGUAUACCAUAUUUUUUGCUCUAUAGGACGCACUUUUUCCCCUCCAAAAAUGAAGGGGAAAUGUGUGUGUGUCCUAUGGAGCAAAUGCAGGCUCCUUGGCUUCAGCGAGAGCAACGUGAAGCCUCCGAAGCGCAGAGGGAGCGCUCCCUCCACACUCCGCGUUGCUUUUGCUGAAGCCUGGAGAGCGAGACUGCACCCCUGACACCACAGCAGAGAGGUGCCCCUUGCAAGCUGGUGUCAGGGCACCACCUUGCACCCGAGUCCCCCCUCCAGCAUUUAUCCUGGGGGGGGGGGGGUUGCAACUGUGCCCCCCAAGUGCACACAACAUCCAGAGCAGGGCCUCCCGAACUUGGACUCUUUUCAGGUACAAUUCCCAUCAUCCCUUCUGGCUAGGGGUGAUGGGAGUUGGAGUCUGAAAACAGUUUGUUGCAGGGCUGGAUCCCCCUGUGCCCACCCCCCCGGUCUCUGACUGCUUCUUUUUUGCUUCCGCAGGUGGGCACCCACAUCCGCGCCAAGAGGAAGAGGGAGGAGCUGAGCAACGUCCUGGCGGCCAUGAGGAAAGCAGCCGCCAAGAAGGACUAGCAGCUCCCUGUUCCCCCACCCCAAAAAGAAAGUACCCAAUAAACCUAUUUCAAAGAAAUAAA